AUGGCACCAGGCAGUUCAGUGAAAUCUAGCAAAACAAGCAGCAAGAAGCAUCCAGCAGCCAAGCAAAAGCCGGGAAACGAUAGGAAGUCGAAAACUCAAGCGCUGAGUACAGAGGGCGCUUUUUCGAGCGUAAUCCCGCUGGAGCUUCAGCAACUACUCCUAAAUAUCUUCAGGAAUUCCUUCCCGGAGCGAUUUGGCUCGGACCUUACCCCACUACUCCAGGGAGUGAAGCAGCAUCUAUACAACCGAGAUUUCGGUAGGGCGUUCGGCAGAGAAGAUUACCUAGAGGCAUAUGCUGUGCGAUGGAGUCCCAGCAGGGCGUUAGGAUACCUGCAGAUUUUCCUUGAUAUCGAGCAAUAUCUACGAAAAAUUCCUAACAAAAAUCACGACGAUGCUCAAACUUUCUCAUUCGAGUCACUUGGAACCCCUUCCGGACGUCAGAAGCUCAACAUUACAUGUCUUGGCGGAGGAGCUGGCGCAGAAAUUGUAGCACUGGCUGGCUUUCUCGAUCUCCGCAAUCGAGGUCUGAGAAAGGACCGGGAAGAUGGCGGAGAUCCCCAGCACGCAACUCCAAAUGACCUCCAGUUCACAGUCAAAAGUGUAGACAUUGCGGACUGGGACUCCGUGGUCCAGAAGCUCCUCAACAGCAUCAUCAGUCCUCCGCCGCUUUCCAAAUACGCUUCGGCAGCAGCCAAAGCAGCCAACACAGCCUUUCUGGAUAGCACGCUCUUUCAGACAACCUUCCAUCAAGCCGAUCUUCUCGGCAUCUCUACGGAGAGUCUACAGGCGUUGGUAGGAGAUGCCGAGCUGGUGACCUUGAUGUUCACCCUAAACGAGCUUUACACAACCUCUCGACCGAAAACCCAGCGAUUCCUUGCGAGUCUCACAUCCACUCUCCAGCCUGGCGCACUGCUACUCGUAGUCGACAGUCCGGGCAGCUAUUCUACGGUCACGUUGAAUGGAGCGGAGAAGAAGUAUCCCAUGCACUGGUUGCUCGACCAUACACUGCUAGGCAGUGUACACGACGAGGAGAGCAGCACUGUUGAAACUCGGCACUGGGAGAAGCUUUCCACGGAUGAGAGCCGCUGGUUUCGGCUGCCAGAUGGGCUCAAGUACCCGAUUGAGCUCGAGAAUAUGCGGUAUCAGAUCCAUCUGUACCGCAGAUUGCCCCAGGAGUCAUGA